AUGGCAAGCAAGCACUUGUCGAAUGUCCUAGAGGCUGCUGGAGAGUGGUUCGAGCUGCAGGUACUGGCGGCUGAGACAGAGUUCAGUGCUAUUGGUAAGGCUAGUAUGGAGUUCCGAGUGGCUGUUGCCAAGUUGAAAACAUUUGAAGAACAGGCUUUACAGCUCAUCGCAGGAACUCCUCUCCCAGAAAUGCCAACACUGAAGGAGGAAGCAAUUAUGAAGCAGGUGAUGAAGAUGGACAAAGCCGCCGUAGCUCUCGAUGAGAUGAAGGCACCGCAGAUCCCCAAGACAGCCCCUAAUCUGCAGAGUGAGUACUUACGUCUUCUACGGUAUCUUGUUUGA